UUGGAUUAGCCGUGCAACACAGAAGGUGAUAUACAAAUACGGAAUCGUAGAACGGUAGCUAAAAAUUCACACCAGAUUAAAAAUCUGGAUUAUCGAGGAAGACGGCAAAUAAAGCAAAUAUGUUCAUCGAAAGCGUCCAAUCUGAAUACGUCACCUGCGUUGAGGGCUGGGGAUCUGGAGUCAUGACAAGCGCGAUUGAUGCAUCUUUGUGCUCCCUGCCGCCGGGCGAGCCCACAUACUCCACUGGAUACCUUCUCUCCCGCUCGCCGAGUUUUUAUUCACAGUCGGGUCACACCUGGAGCAGCGCGUCUUGCUCGAAGCCAACCAGCAUGCAGCAUCUCAACUGUUUCGACGAUGGGACUGCUACAGGAACCGUGAAACCGCAAUCUUACACGGGGGUGCGCGUGAAAAACCCGGUAAAGGAACUGAUCAUGCAAAAGUACCGGGACCAAAGGUCCUGGAGCUCAAACUAUCAGAACCAGGACAAUGCACUCUGCCCUGAACCAUGCUGUGACGUCAGCGAGAGGAUGCUGCAGUUGUCCGAGUCUGGCCCUGUUUCCAUGACAACCGCCCACAUGCCCGGGACCUGGCCCCAAACCGCUCCUCCCCGUGCCGACCCCGGCGCGGAGAUGAGCCCCCGUCCCGCGUACCUCGCCACCGAUCCGGGGAUCUCCGUGGCCAUGGGGGCCGGCUUCUACAUCCCGCCCUUGACCCCCCAGCCUGACGCGCCUCCUCCCUUGCCUCCCCCCCAGUCCCUCUCCCUUGAAUCUCCUGGCGGCGUCUCCUUCUUCCAGUGGCAGAUCAGACAGGAGGAGGAGAAAGUGGCGAGACUCAUGCCGGCACAGCUGGUUGCACAAGACAGCGAUGGAGACACGUUACUGCACAUCGCCGUAGCUCAAGGAAGGAGAGCCCUGUCCUACGUGCUUGCUCGGAACAUGGCCCGUCUCACCAUGUUGGAUUUGAAGGACCACAACGGCCAGAGUGCCCUUCAAGUGAGCGUGGCAGCCAAUCAGCACUUGAUUGUACAGGACCUGAUUGCCCAAGGGGCACAGAUCAAUACAAUUGACUGCUGGGGACGUACACCUCUACAUGUCUGUGCUGAAAAAGGCCAUGGACUGACCAUGCAGGCAAUCCACAAAGCUUUGGGAGCAACUGGCCAGAAGGUGAACAUAGAGGCAGUCAACUAUGACGGUAUAACAGCGCUGCACACUGCAGUUCUAUCCCACAAUGCAGCGCUAAAGGACUCAUUGGACGGGUCGGCGGCGCAGACGCAGGCCCUGCUGCAAAGGAGGAAGCAGCUGGAAGAGUGUAUCAGGACCCUGCUGCUGAUGGGAGCUUCUUGCAGAUCCAAGGACCACAAAAGUGGGCGCACUUCACUGCAUAUGGCUGCAGAGGAAGCCAACGUCGAGCUUCUGCUUCUCUUCCUGGACCAGCCGGAUUCGCUGGCCAUCGUCAAUUCCACGGAUUACACCGGGCACACGCCACUUCACGUGGCCAGCGCGCUGACCAGGCGUGUCACCCAGGUGGACGCGGUCAGGCUGCUGAUGAAGCGGGGGGCCGACCCCAGCAUGAAGAAUCUGGAGAAGGAGCAGCCUUCCCAGCUCGUGGCCGAGGGACCCGUGGGAGAUAUGGUAGGUCCGGGUCCUCCUGCACUGCCCUGCGUGUCCGGCACCUAUCCCAGCCUCCUUCUCUUCAUCCAGCCCCUCUCGUGCACCAUAGAAUGCGUGUCGUUGUGGGUUAUUGCCGAGCGGCCGAAACCGGGCUUUGUUUUUCACCCCCCACUUCCUGGUCUUGUCGAGAGACGUUGCCCUCUGGCGGCAGUGCUGUUCACCGUGCAGACGUGUGCAAUGGACGGCCUCCGUUCAGACCCAGCGCUGCCCUUACUGUGCCCAUCAAGGCGGACAAACAGGUUCUUCUUUAGGAGCGACAUUGGCUCAGGCGGUAAGAGCAGUCGUCUGGCAGUCGGAGGGUUGCCAGUUCAAUCCCACCCCGGGUGUGUGUCGAAGUGUCCCUGAGCAAGACACCUAACCCCCAAAUGCUCCUAACAAGCUGGCUGGUGCCUUGCAUGGGUGCAUUUGAAUGGGUGAAUGAUAAGCAUGAUAAGCAUCAAUCGUACAGCACUUUGGAUAAAGGCGCUAUUUAAAUGCCGACCAUUUACCAUUUACCAUUUUCCAUUCUUCACAGGUGUGGCGCAUCCUAAAGGGGAAAGACAAGUCCAGGCCAUCCCUGUUCUAAGGCCUUGGACCAAUCACCACUGUCAGUUAGGCAGUCCAGUCUGUUGUGUGUAAUCAUUUGCUGCCACAAAGCAGAUGAACAGUUGUUUCUAUGAAAACGUUUUGAUCACUACAAUGUAGUGUAGUAGGGGCGACAUAGCUCAGGCAGUAAGAGCAGUCGUCUGGCAGUCGGAGGGUUGCCGGUUCGAUCCCCCGCCCGGGCUGUGUCGAAGUGUCCCUGAGCAAGACACCUAACCCCCAAAAUGCUCCUGACGAGCUGGUCGGUGCCUUGCAUGGCGGCCAAUCGCCGUUGGUGUGUAAGUGUGUGUAUGGGUAUAAUGGGUGAAUGAGAAGCAGCAAUUGUACAGCGCUUUGGAUAAAGGCGCUAUAUAAAUGCCAACCAUUUACCAUAUACCACUCUCAGGAAAAAAAAAAAAAAAGGGUUCUUUGGCUCGUUUCCAUCGGGGAAACCUUUUUGGAUCUUGAUAGAGCUCCCAGAUUGAACCAUUUUGCCUGACAAAGAACCCUUAAAAAAUAGAUAGGGUUCCUCUAUGGAGACACAGAGGAGCCUUCUGGAACCCUUUCUCCUGAGUGUUGUGCUGGAAAGGUAGAAUUUUCAGCUCUGUAGGAUCAUGUUGUGCAGGGAAAGACUAGAAUUGGAAAAGUUUAGAUGAGUUUAUUUUGUCAGAUAUACCUUAUUAUUAUUCUGUGGUUUUCCUCAGCACCAUGCGUAGCCACGGUGACAUCAGUUGGGGACUGUCAAUAUUGUGAUGCGUUUCUUGGUCUCAACCGUUUUGAAGAUCCGGGUUUUCACCGUACUUUGCGGGUACUAAGAGCGAGCACCAACAUGGACAACACGUUACUUUGCGCUCUCCACUGAAAAUCUGUGCAUGUUUUUGAAGUUAAGAAAGCAAUGAAUCUAUGUGGAUCUUUGUUGUAAUCUCACGACUUAAUUGCUUUCGGAGCAGUCUGCCUCGCGCCUCACCCUCAGAACUUGCCUUAUGUACAGCUGAUGUCUUUGUAAGGAUUAAAUUGAUUCAAUUAAACGUAAUGGUGACAUAAGCAAAAUAAAUGCACGAUAGCAAUGAGACGCGAAUAAGAGCAAAUGAGUGGAGAGCAGCAAUCGUUUCAUGUUCACGACACUGCUGCUGCGUAGUGGCUUUCAGUUUAGUUGAUAUCGACAGUAUGUGUAAGGUUGGGGCCAAUUCCACUUUCCACUGUCAGUUCAGAAAAUAAAUUGAACAGAAAUUAAUGUAUAGAAAAAUCACCAUAUUACUGCCUUUAAUUUUAAAAUUCAUGUACCAAACUUGAUUUGUUGAUUUAAUGAAUUGAUUUAAUUGACAAUGGAACAAUUUCACUGACUUAACACACUCGAUAUGCAAGCCCAGCACAGUACGCAGUCAGCUAAACACUGAUCAAAACAAUUGACACUAUGCCUGUGAAUACUGGUUUGCUUAGGCAGAAUUAAUUCUGUAACCACAGUAGAAUAAAUAGUUUCUUGAUUUAAAUGUGAAUUUGAGAUGUUCGCGAGUAACUGUGGCAUGUUUGAAAAGAGAUGUUGCCGCUGCGUUUUGCUGUUUGCGGAUUCAUUACGAGAAACACAAAGAUCCGUUGAGGCCCAUUGCAGUUUAUCAACGCGAACUGCGUCAAAAAGUCGUCUAGAAGUUUCGUUUAGAUGUGACGAAUUUAUCUGGAUGGAUGGAUUGAUGGAUAGAUAGUACUCUGGGUAAGUGGAAACGUACUUUAUUUUCAUUUUUGGGUGAGCUGCCCCUUUAAAGAGUUAAAGACGAGAAGAGCGAAAAUAAUUAUCUUAGCAUUAAAUAAGAUCUUAAAAUGAAUUUGCAGAUAACUGACUUCGUUAGAUUUACAAGGAUUUUUUCUAAGCUGUACAAGGCUCUGUUUUAGAUUAGUUUAGCCUACAUAGUGGCCUGUAUGAUGUCUUGGCUAUUAGUUAGAUUAACGAUUAGAUUAAUCUAAACCGUAUCCACUGUACAAUUAAGAUUACUAUGAAUCAUUGUUUAUGAUGCAAUCAUUGUGUGAAACAGAAGUACUCACCAUUGUAAUUGACGAUGUAAUUGUCUCUCGGUUCUGUGAAGAAUGAAUGUAUUGAUAUUGUGAAUAUUCUUGCAGAAAGGGCUACGUUUUACAUUCUCACAGAACAGCCAUAAAUUGUAAUAAAAUGUUAUUUUAGAGAAAUGCAGUUAAAUAUGAAUAGGUUAGGUGACUACAGUUAAAUCAGGUAUAAUCUUUGGUGGUAGGACUGGGACAUUAAUGAUAUGUUAAAUAUAGGCUCCAGAGGUGAUGGCACUGUCGGACAUUGUCAGCAGUGAGAGAAAAAAAAAAGCUACAGCAGAUAGCCUGAUGGAAGUUAGACAUUGCUUGGGACUUUGGAUAUUUUUUUGCUGGAACUUGUACUUCUUUGUUUUUCUUAAAUAAAUAAAAAAGCUGUAUCCUAGACGUUUAUUGAACUUGUGUGACUGUUAAAAUGUGAUUUCAUUUAUCUGAAAUAAAAGAAUGCAUUUGUGUAUUUGAAAA